AGCAGGUGGAUGGUUGUUUUGGUAUAGAUUGAUUUUUUUCUUUUUUUUUGUAAAUAAAAUGGAAUUAGUAAAUUUUUGGAAAUGCAUUUCGAUUCUUUUAAAAAACUAUCAUGCUGUAAAUAAAAAGAUAUUCGCAUGCAAAAUAAAAACAAUACAUAAAAUAUUAAAUGACAUUGCCAUCAUUAAUGUUGAUAAUAGAGAAAUUUACGAGAAGAGUAUUCAAGACAUCCUGAAUGGUUCUUCCAAAAUUCAAGCAUGUCAGUCAUCAGAAGAAGAUAUUCUAGAGACACUAGCUUCGUGUGAUAUGGACAAAUGUGAGGGAUAUGUUGUCACAUUAAAAUUGCUAACAAAAAACGAUGAAGAUAGUGUAGAAGCAAGAGGAGUUUUAGAUUUUGUAAAUAGCCAAUACACAUGCACUUUUUCAUCUACUGUCUUUGAUGAUUUUCGAAUUGCUUUGAUAUCUGAGGAACUCGUAGUUACAGCAUUGACAAAUCGACGAUUGGAAGCUGAAGCUAAUCGUUGGGUAGAUUUUGUUCUCAAACCUAAACUUCUAAAAUGGUCAAACUCGGAGGAAAGGAAAGAAAAUGCCUUUGAUUCUUUACACCUCAUCGAUGUAGAGAAAUACAAUGAACUCUAUAAACAACUGAAGACAAAGUACUCCAAAGAUCUUAUUGAUAUAUGGGAGGAAUCUACAGAUCCUCUUAAAUUUGUCUAUGAAGACCUUGCAAUAGCAGCCUAUCUAAUAUCGCUAUGGAAAGAGCAUCAUUGUGAACCAGAGGCAUUUGCCGAUUUGGGUUGUGGAAACGGACUUCUCGUCUACAUACUCAAUCGCGAAGGCUACAAAGGCUAUGGUUACGAUGUAAGAAGUCGUAAAAUAUGGAGUCUCUUUCCAAAGACAACACUUCUUUUCGAAGAAACAAUUCAACCCGAUCAUUUCGAACUUCCACCUGACACUGAUUGGAUAAUUGGAAACCAUUCUGAUGAAUUAUCACCAUGGAUUCCAGUUUUAUCAGCUUUGCCUGCCUACAAAGUCAAAUAUUUCUUACUUCCUUGUUGUCCGUUUGAAUUUUCUGGGAUGAAAUUUCAACGAAGAAAUUCAAAACUAAGUGCUUAUAAUGAUUUUCUCAAUUAUGUUGAAGAUAUUUCUAAGAAAUGUGGUUUUGUGACAUUGAGAGAUCGAUUGAAAAUUCCUAGCACUAAGAGAAUUGCAAUAAUUGGCAUUACUAGGACCUAUGUAGAACUUAACUUUCAACAAAUUUGUUCAAGUAUUCGAGAAUUUGUAUCAACAGAAAUGCAAGAACACACAAUGAAACUUCGAGAACGAGAGGAAGUUGUUAGAAACUGCACACAAAUUGAGAGUUCAGUGUUGGAUAAUCUCGUUCUGAAGAUAUUUUUGUAUCUUUUAAAUUCUGAGGAGGAAGUAAAGAUCCCACAAACAAAUUGGAAUGAAGGAUGCAAACGUUCCAUCAAAGAAAUUGCUCAAUAUUUGAGCAAAGAAGAUUUGAAAAGCAUUAAAUCGGAAUGUGGGGGUUUGAAAACUUUACUCAAAAAUAAACAUGAAGUUUUUGAAUUUACCACAGGCGAUGGUAUACAAAUACGACGACCGAAACCAAGAGAAACAAUAAUCAAUGGAAAACAACUUACAACAAAGAAACGAUGUUGUUUCUUUGCCGCUAAUCAUCCCAGCGGAUGUCCCCUUUCAGACUCUGAUUGUACUUUUAUUCACAAAUGAGAAAUACAUUUUUAAUAUUUUUGUUACAAAA